GCUGCAUCGCCAAACUAAUCAUAACAGUUUUCUGGAGGGGCCCUUCAUCUUCUCCAUCAUCACCCUCCUCCACCCACAACAACCAAAACACACAAUAAUAAACAGAGAAAGAGGUUAUCCCAUACGAGUUCAUAGUGUUUACAUAGAGAGCCGGAGUGAUACUUAUAUAGUGGAAUAGUAGGGAGAAGACGAGAAUGAAGCCUCUAAUAACUCGUCCCCAUCAGAUCACUCACCAGCCAUCGGGCGCCCGGCUGUCACUGCCGCUGCCGAGCUCGGAAGAGAUCAUAAGCCACGCGGAGAGCACCAGGGACGACUUCACAGCCUGGCUCGACCACCAACCGGACUCGCCCCUGCUCCAGCUCAGCAACGGUCAACAGGGCAUCCUCCGAUCCCAAGAAGAAGGAGAACAAGAACAAGAAGAACAAGAAGAAGGAAAAGAAGAAAAACAAAAUGAGAGACACCAUCAAGAAGCCAGCCUCAUCCUCCUCGCACAUUACCUCCACUUCCUGUCCAUCCAUCCCAACCGGCCUCAUCACAAACAACUCAUCCAGAUCUCCCUCACUUACUUCCACUCCGAGAUCCUCAACAACCGAGCCAUCGAUCUCCACUCGGCUGCCUUCCAACUAACAACCUCCGACCUGGCUCGGCGCUUGGUCAUCAAGGCUUAUUAUCUCGCCCGCAAUGCUAUCCCAGAGCUCCUUCCCAAUUGCCCCUCUCCUCCCGUGGGCAGAUUGUGGAAAGAUGAUCAGCCCAACAAGAAGCUUGCCGGCGUGUUCGGCGGCCAGGGUGUUAAUGAAACCUAUUGGCAGGAACUAGUCAAUUUAUACUCCCUUUACCCGACGAUUCUGCACCCGUUUCUCGAGCUCGCAGAUCGCCACCUCCACUCGCUCUGCUCAUCACCCCAUGCGCAAGCCAGUUCUUUAUACAAACCUCACGGGAUCCAGAUCCUCAAGUGGUUGAAUGAACCAGGAAGCAAACCGCCUACGACAUACUUAGCAAGUUGCGCGCUCUCACUCCCGUUGAUCGGCCUCGUCCAACUAGCCCAUUACAUCGUCCUGGGAGAAGCCCAAGGACUGACGCCGAACGAGAUCUCCUCACAGCUGAAAGGCGGGGUGGCCGGCCAUUCGCAGGGGGUAGUAGUAGCGGCAUUAGUAGCGGGAGAGCUACCAGGGCCUGAGAACAACUGGGCGGAGUUCCAUUGCGGGGCGAUCCAUGCGAUCACGGUGCUCUUCCACAUCGGCUUGCACGCCUCAUUACGCUUCCCUCAGACUUCUUUACCGCCCAAGCUCAUCGGAACCACCGCCGAACACGAGGGCCUCCCGACCCCGAUGUUGGCCGUCACCGGGCUCGCCCUCGAUCAGCUCCAAAAAGCCAUCCAAGCCAUCCAGCCCUAUUUCGCUCCCAACGACGCUAACGUCUCGCUCUUCAAUGGCCCCAAAGCUUUCGUCGUCUCCGGUCAUCCUCGUACGUUGGUUGGCUUGGUCGCCGCGCUUCGGAAUUCUAAAGCUGAACCUGGGCUCGAUCAAUCCAAAAUUCCAUUCAGCAAACGACGACCGGUUUUUUCGAUGCGGUUUCUACCGAUAGGCGUGCCGUACCAUUCGGCGCAUUUAGAAGGCUGCACGGCGCGUCUGAUGGGUCCGGUCGAAGAGGGCGGAGUGGGGGAGGAGGAACGGGCGUGGUGGGCGGCCCAUAAAGCCCGCCUCUCUUGCCCCGUCUUUAACACCGAGAAUGGCGUCGAUAUGCGCGUCGAACACAAAGAUCUGCUGAGCUCUCUCGCUGAUCUCAUCUUUACUUCCCCUAUUCAUUGGACUAAGGCUUGCGCUUUUCCGGAUGAUACUACCCACAUAAUCGACUUUGGGUUGGGUACCUUGUCGGGUAUCGGCUCCUUAGUGGCCCGAAACAUCGAGGGCAAAGGACAUCGACUCGUCUUCGUAGGCUUGCCCGCUUCCGGACAAGGCCACAAAUCCAUGAAUGAAGUCUAUGAUUCAAGGGACAUAAUUAGGGAACAGAAAUGGGCCGAGAAAUAUAAGAUUCGCUUGGUCAAAACCAAGGAUGGUCGGCUUCAAAUCGAUACUCCGUUCUCUAGGUUGUUGAGUAAGCCCCCUUUGAUGGUGGCUGGAAUGACUCCAUGCACUGUCCCGACUGAUUUCAAUGCCGCGGUAAUGAAUGCAGGUUAUCACAUUGAACUAGCUGGAGGUGGACAUUACAAUGCGAAAGCCUUACGCUCGAAAAUCUCAGCGAUUCAAGCCAAGUUACAAAAGCCGGGCCUAGGGUUCACCUUGAAUGCGUUAUACAUCAACCAAAAGCAAUGGGCGUUCCAGUUUCCACUAUGGCUUGAGAUGCGUAAGGAGGGGCUACCGAUGGAAGGCUUUGUAGUGGCGGCAGGAAUCCCAAGUACGGAGAAGGCCAAGGAGAUCAUUGAAGGGUUGAGGGAAGCGGGGAUUAAGCAUGUGAGCUUCAAGCCAGGAUCGGUGGAUGGGAUCCGCCAGGUCAUCAACAUCGCCGCAGCCAACCCGGACUUCCCGGUGAUUUGUCAAUGGACGGGAGGACGAGCAGGGGGACACCAUAGUUGCGAAGACUUCCAUCAACCUAUCCUGGCCACCUACGCCUCGAUCCGAAGCCAAUCCAACUUGAUCUUGGUUGUCGGGUCCGGCUUUGGGAGCGCCGAAGAUGUCUAUCCCUAUCUCACCGGUCAUUGGUCUCGGGACCGGUUCGGGGUAGAAGUUAUGCCCUUCGAUGGGGUCUUGUUCGCUAGUCGAAUGAUGGUCGCUAAGGAGGCCGCUACCAGUCUGUCUGUUAAGGAACUCAUCGUCCAGGCUAAAGGCGUCGACGAUCAAGAGUGGGAAGGCACUUACGAGCGCGAAACUGGUGGGAUCAUUACUGUGACUUCUGAACUCGGUGAACCGAUCCAUAAGAUCGCUACUCGAGGAAUCAAGUUGUGGAAAGAAUUUGACCAGACUGUAUUUGCUCUGCCACGUGAGAAACGUGCGGCGUGGUUAAAGACUCACAAGGAAUAUGUGAUCAAGCGGUUGAAUGCGGACUUCCAGAAACCGUGGUUUGCUGAGAAAGACGGCCACCCUGCCGAGUUGGGCGAGAUGACUUAUCAGGAAACCGUCUCAAGGCUCGUCCGUUUGCUGUUUGUUAAACAUCAGGCUCGGUGGAUCGAUCCUACUUUACGAAACUUAGUUGGAGAUUGGCUUCGACGGAUUGAAGAACGAUUAUCAGUCGUCAAUGGGCCUCCUAAAGUCUCAGAGAUCCAAUCCUACUCUGAACUAGACGAACCAUUCUCGAAGUUGGAAACCUUCUUCACUAGAUAUCCUGAGGCUAGUACUCAGAUCUUAGCCUCUGAAGAUAUCGCUUACUUCUUGGCGUUGUGUCAACGACCUGGCCAGAAACCUGUGCCAUUCAUUCCGGUACUUGAUGCUCAAUUUGGAAUCUGGUUCAAGAAGGAUUCAUUAUGGCAAUCCGAGGAUAUUGAUGCAGUGGUAGACCAAGACCCGCAACGAGUAGCGAUCUUACAAGGACCGGUAGCGGUACGACACUCGAAGACGACGGAGGAGACGGCGGGGCAGAUCUUGGGCGGGAUCGAGGAAGGACUAGUGAGCCGACUGUUGCGGGAUGAGUAUGGGGGCGACGAGAGCUUAGUGCCUGAGCAAGACUAUCUAUGUCGAGAAGAGGGAGGAAUGGAGGCCGAGGAACGGACGGCGAUGUUAGCGGCGGCGCGGAUCAAGUAUCGGAAAGUGACUAGCUCCGAUCGGGUCCUCCAUACUUACGAUAUCCACGGCAUCCUCCCGCCCCCCUCUCAAUGGUUGGCGUGUCUCGUAGGCUCGUCCGUCUCGUGGAUCUCCGCUCUCUUCAACUCCAUCUCCUUCCUCCAGGGCAACGCGAUCGUCGAUAAUCAUCUCGACACUAUCCUCCUCAAACCUCGGCUCCAUCAGCGCGUUCAAAUCGUCACUGGGAUCAACGGGAAACCGCUUAAUGUUAAGGUCUUCGCUGCUCACUUACUCUCAUAGUUUAUCAGUAUAUCAAUCACUUGUUUCACAGAAUUUUCUUCCGUCAUUCUUUUCUUCUUUUUCUUUCUUUUUCUUUGGCUGUCAUUUCUUAUCUUUUUCAUACUUGAUGUAUUACACUAUAUUACAUUCUUCUUCCUCUCUAAUAUUCAUAUAUAUAUUGCUCUUAUUUACAAACAAUUAUUGAUUUUUUUUCUUGUUUUGUACCACUUUCAACACUACCUCCUGGAUAUGGAGUAAAAAAAACUGGAUAUUCAGUGUUUUUUUUUAAGAAAAAAAUGGUGUGAAGAGGUGAACAAAAAAAAUAUAAACAUACUACAUAUCCA